UUCUAACCAGUAUGCAUCACGGCUGAACACUUUAAAACGUACGAUCUGAUAUGAUAUUUAGUUAGAAAGUAAAAAUGAAUGUAUGACAGGAGACGGAGGAGUACAGGAGGACUAUAGGAGGAGUACCGGAGGACUAUAGGAGGAGUACAGGGGGACUAUAGGAGGAGUACAGGAGGACUAUAGGAGGAGUACAGGGGGAUUAUAGGAGUAGUACCGGAGGACUAGCUCGCUGCGGCGGCUGCUGCUGCUGCUGAACGCCGCCGGAUGUUGAUGAGGAGCUGGCAGACUAGGCUAACUGGUUGAAAUCCGUUUUUUUUGGUUUUUUGUUGUCAUAAUCUAGAUUGCGUGGAAUAUUUUUGUGUUUUAUAACUCUGUCUUCUUGCUUUUCCACGUUUUUCAUUCCUGACAUCAGCUAUCUUCCUAAAAUAUGGAUCUACCCUCCUUCCUUCAUCAUUUCCAGCUCUCCUCCUCACCUAAGAUUUCCUGCCCCUCAUCUCCUGAUGACCAACGCUCCUGCCCUCCAAUUACAGAAGUCCUCGGCCAGCUCCAGGAGAAGCUGAUUGAUGCAGCGGGAAAAGCCUCGAACCCAGAAGCCACAGAUCUCAUUGGCCGGUCAGAAGAGUUAUUUAAAAAAGCCAACCUUCAUUGGCUGUUUUCUCCUGAUCCCACCAAUCAGGGUGAUGGACAGCAGAACUGUGGCCAGUGGGCAGAGCUUCAGAAAAGGUAUGUGGGCGUGGUCCAGUCCCUGUGUCAGUGUGCGGCUCUGCCUGUCUGUGAGACAGACAGUGGCUCCCUGCCGGCCACCUCCUACCAGCAUAUCCCUGCCAGAGCCCUGUCUGUCUGCUCCGCCCUGUCUGCCCUACUGGACAGUCUGGUGGACUGGGAGAGACGGGCAGAGACAAAAAAAGCAGAGACUCAGGGAGAGAGAGAGGGAGUGAGAGAGAGAGAGUCCCCCGAAGGAGCAGCAGGCUGUAAUGGAGGUCUGUCCAGAAGUGGGAAUGAGACAGCUGUCUCCUCUCCCUGCCUGCAGGAGACAGGAGGUGAGAUGGAGUUAAACUCAGAGGCUCCUGUCUCCCUGCUUCAUGCUGUAGGUCCACUGUGCUGUGUCUUUGCUGUCACUCACUUCCAGGACCAGCCAUGGACCAGCGCCACCUCCAGAGAGGCUGCUUGGAGUCUGAUGGAGUUGCUGCUUCAGGCAGGAGGCUGGAAGGACCAUGUGCACCUCCUGACAGGGGAGGAGAAGGAGGUGAAGAGCAGGAGGAGGAGAGGAAUGUUUGGAGGAAUCAUGGACAUAUUGCAGCCUGACCUGACCAGGGAGAGAUGGCAGUGCUGUGAAGCAGUGAAAUUGGUGUUUUCAUGGGCUCUGCUCCAGACGUCUCGGCCGGCUCUGUUGCCUCAUCUUCCCCGCCUGCUGCCCCCUUGCCUCCUCCUGACCGACCACCACAGACCAGACAACAGCCUGCUGGGAAUACGAUGCCUGCGCCACCUGCUGGUCAACACUCCCAGAGCAGAUCUGCUGCAGUACAACAGAGCUGAGGUGAUCUACCAGGCCCUCUACAAACACCUUUAUACUACAGACCCUCCUCUGGUCAAGGUGGUUCUGUCCUGUCUGUUGGACCUGUUGUCUGUUUUGGAGAAGCCCCCAUCCCUUCACCACCACCCCUCCCCUCGGAAGCCCUGUCGCCAUGACGAUGUGUUGCGGCUGUUUCUGACCUACAUGGAGAUGGAACACAAGGUGGCGCUGCGACGCAUCUACGCCUCAGCACUGCCCAAAUACAUAGACAGGAUGGGUGUGGCAGUGUCCAGACACCUGAGGCGGAUGGAGCGGGUGGUGGUGGGCUAUCUGGAGGUGGGCGAUCCUCCAGAGGAGCAGAGCAGACUCUGGAUCCUGGAAGUCCUGGAGAAGAUUAUCUGUGUGGCCUGGCCACGGAUGGAGGGUCGUGUGUGUAUUUUGUUGAGGUGUCUGCUGCGGCUGUUGGUGGACGUAUCCUCAGACGGUCAGAUGCGUGUUUCUGUCAGAGCUGAACUGACCAGACACGCCUGUCGCUGCCUCACACUGCUGGACUGCUGCACACAUGGCAAGCUGCAGCCUCUCCUCCAGCAGGUGGACAGCAGCUGUGCCAGUGAUUCUGUAUUGAAGUGUUUUGCGACAGUAACCACGGCAACAGCGAUGUCAGCACAUCUGGAACCCUAAACCGUCCUGACACCAGUAUGGUGACCACUUGAGAGACCCUUCAUCACUGUAUGAACCAGCAUGGCGACCGCUUGGGAGAUCCUUCAUCGCUGUAUGAACCAGCAUGGUGACCGCUUGGGAGGCCCUUCAUCGCUGUAUGAACCAGCAUGGUGACCGCUUGAGAGGCCCUUCAUCGCUGUAUGAACCAGCAUGGUGACUGCUUGGG